UAGUAUUUCAAUGAAUUUCAUUGAUGAGCGUAACGAGUUGAUCGAUUGAUGAUACUUUGUUUUACUCAUUGUUUUUCUACGUUUAUCAAAACUAUCGCAUCACGCGCUAUGAAAACUAUAUAAACAUAGUUAAGCUUAGAGUACCGAAUCCGAAUAUCAAUAAUGAUUCAAAAACAAUAUUCACUCAUUCGUUUCCCGCAAAUCCUUCUAUGACGUUUGUUAAGGUACAUUCUCAAUAAAAGAUGCGUGAAAAUUGAAAACGCACCUUAACAAACAUGCUACUCGGCUUUGAUCUGCGUGCAGCGCCAUUGCUGCAUCGUCACUCUUCAGCGUCACUUCGUUGCUCAACGUGAAGUUCGGUGCCGGGAUCAUUUCAUUCUCUACCUCAUUUGUCGUGCACCCAUGAAGACAGCAGGCAACGCGCGCGUCCCCGUCAUGGCCACCGAGGACAUCGGCGUUUCUGCGCUCAUAUAUGAUUAUCUUCUCAAAAAAGAUUCUCAGCUUGCCAAGGUUUUCCAAAAGAAGACUAACGCUCCUGCACUUAGUAAAGGAUGCCCUUCAAUAUCAGAAGUUUUUCAGUAUUUCCAGAAAAAUUCUGCUAAAAAAGUUUCUGUAAAAAAUGUCAAACAGAGCAACAGUUCAGAUUCAAGUUCUGAAAGUGAAGACGAGACUCUUAAGAAGGCACCUCUUGCCAAUGGUAAAGGGCCUGUUAAACAAUUAGCUAAAAAGAAAGAUGAAUCGUCAGAUGAUUCCUCUAGUGAAGAAGAAAAGCUUGUUACUCAAAAAGUACCAACAAAAGUCAUUGCUAAAGUACCAGUAAAAAAAGCAGAAGAAUCAUCUGAUGAUGAUAGCUCAAGUGCAGAUGAGAUGCCUGCCCCUAAAGCUGCUGCUAAACCAACUCCAGCGAAACCAGUUGUACAAACCCCUGGCAAAAAAGCAGAAUCUUCUUCUGAUGAAUCUUCGAGCGAAGAUGAAAAGCCAGCUGCUAAUACUGCACCUCAAAAACCAGCUGUAAAAGCCACACUUACAAAAUCAGUUGCUAAGCCUCUUGCCAAAAAGAAACAAUCUUCAUCAGAUGAUUCAAGUGAUGAUGAUGAAUCAGUUGCUAAACCAACUCCAACAAAAUCAAUUGUUAAAGCUCCAGUUAAGAAAGUAGAAUCAUCAUCAGAUGAUUCAUCCAAUGACGACGAGAAACCAGUAGCUAAGUUACCAGUAAAAUCAGCAGUUCAGACUAAAUUUACUCCUAUUGUUGCUAAGGCAGCUGGUAAAAAGCAAGAAUCAUCUUCAGAUGAUUCUGAUAGUGAUGAAAAAGCCAUAAAAAAAGCACCUGUCAAAACUCCUAUAACACCAAAACCAGUAAUGAAAGCCCCAGUAAAAAAGCAGGAAUCAAGCGAUGACUCAGAUGAGUCGUCGUCAGAAGAUGAAACACCUGCUGUGAAAUCCACUCCUGCUAAAACUCCUACAAAACCAGCUCUAAAAGCUCCAGCAAAAUCUGCAGAUUCUGACUCAGAUGAUUCCUCAGACAAUAAACCAGUAAAGCCAACUGCACAGAAAAUAGUCCCAAAAAUUACCCCUGCAGCAAAGAAAGCAGAAUCCUCCAGUGAUGAUGACAGCACUGAAGAUGAAACUGAAAAGGCUAAAGCUAGUCCUGUAAAAUCUGUUGCCAAACCAGUUGUUAAGAAGGCUGAAUCCUCUAGCGAUGAUGACAGCAGUGAUGAAACAGAUCCAAAAGCAAAGGCUACUCCUGCAAAACCAACUCCCAAACCUGUUAAAAAAGCUGUUUCAUCCAGCGACGAUGAUAGCAGUGAUGAUGAACCACCUGCAAAGAAGGCUGCAAUUCCUGUAAAGUCUGCUGCCAAAGUUGCUAAAAAAGAGUCUUCCAGUGAUGAUUCAAGUGAUGAUUCUGACGAUGAGCCUAAAGUAUCAUCUAAAGCUACUAAAACUGUACCAGUAAAAGUAGCUGUAACACCUAAAAAAGCCAAAAAAGCUAAUGAUGAUGACGAUGAUGAUGAAGAUGACUCUGAAGAUAAUCCUGAAGAAAUUGAAACACCUAAAUCUGUAGCAAAGUCUAGCAAACGAAAACACGAGAAUAACGAGGAGAACGAAACAGAAAAACCAGCAAAAAAAUUUGCUAAGAAUAACUAUAGCAAUUUUGUAAAAGGAGGAGUACAAAAUGGAGACAAGAAAAACACACCUUUUCGGCGUGUGAAGGACGAUGAAAUUGAGGUGGCUCCUCAUCUGGCCAACAAUUCAUUUGAAGCAAAGCGAGGAUCAAGAGGGUCGUGGGGAGAACGGGCAAACUUGGAUUUGAAACACACUCGAGGUAAGUCUUUUCGCCACGAAAAGACGAAGAAAAAACGCGGUAGUUAUCGAGGCGGACAGAUCGAUAUGAGUGUUAAUUCUAUCAAAUUUGACGACUAACAUAUAUUUCAAGUUUGUCAACGAAUGCGCAUGCUAGAAUUUUAAGAAAAUGUCAUUCUCUGAAUUGACGUACUGCAACUUGUAAAAAGAAGGGAUUUCUAGAUUGAGGUCUAACAUAACUGAAAUUUAUAUAUUAUACAUAUUUUUGUUACAACGAAGUUAGAUAGUAAUUUAAACAUGUUGUAUCAAACCUAAGAUUAUUAAUUGUUACGAUGCAGAAAAGUAAUUUGCAUCGUAAAGUGUACUAAUUCUAGAGCAAAUAGAAAUGGCUUUACAAUGUGUCGUAAGCUCACAUCACUGUUUUAAUUACCAUAUAUGCUAUGAAGUAUCUUAAAUAAAUUAGUACUUUUGCUUUCACACUACAUUGUUUAAAACAGCUAUUAAGUUUGUAUGCGCUAUGUUCGUUCCGUAUAAAUCGCAAGUAUUCCAUUUUUUAUUUCACUUUGUCAUGUAAAUCAGUAAGAUUUUUUAUUGAAGAAAGGAUUAUUAAUUUCUAGUUAUUUUACUUAGCAAAGCACUCACAUUGCGAAAACUGAUCGGAUGUUAAAUCCUCUUAUUGUUUAAUUAGGGAAUUCCUUCUAAAUAUUUUAGACCUACAGCUUUGUGGGUUAUUGUAAUUGCUCUGUUGAUUUCAAUACUUUUGAUUUAUUAUCAAAAGUCAUUCUGUAAUAUAUUUUGUACUAAAUUAUAUAAAUUUCAAAAUAUUAUAUCUCCUCAAACAAACGUUUUAAAUAUAUGUCAUUAGAAUAAAACUUGGUAGAAUGUCAAUUAGUAAUAUUUACUCAACAUUA